AUGUUCACAGACCAAACAGAGCUUCAGCACAGUGACCUGGAGGAUGAGGCUGAUGGUCCCAUGGACAAGCCUCCUGAUGCGUGUGCUGAAGUGUCUGAUGAAGAGGAGCUAGAGCCGACCUCCACAAAGGCCCAGAAAAACAAACGGACCAAGAGGACAGAUGCGUGUGCUGAAGUGUCUGAUGAAGAGGAGCUAGAGCCGACCUCCACAAAGGCCCAGAAAAACAAACGGACCAAGAGGACAGAUGCGUGUGCUGAAGUGUCUGAUGAAGAGGAGCUAGAGCCGACCUCCACAAAGGCCCAGAAAAACAAACUGACCAAGAGGAUAGAUGCGUGUGCUGAAGUGUCUGAUGAAGAGGAGCUAGAGCCGACCUCCACAAAGGCCCAGAAAAACAAACGGACCAAGAGGACAGAUGAAGCUUCUAGAAACCCUGGAGUGAGGAGGAGAGCCGUGGAGAAGAGGAUGGGGAAGUACCUGGCUCUGUGUGCUGUGCCUCACACAGGAGUCUGCAGCCCUCAUCAACAGAACCUGGAAGGACCUCAAGUACUUUGUGUAUAA